GAUCCCAGGCCUUCAGCACUGGGCUAGCUCCAGCACCAUGGCUGGCAUCUUGGAGGUGCUCCUGGCCUUCAAGAAAUACCUCAUCAUAAUUUUAGUACCCCUUCUCGCUCUUCCUCUUCCUCUGGUGGUGCCUACCAAGGAGGCUGAAUGCGGUUAUGUUAUCAUAGUGAUGGCACUUUAUUGGUGCACAGAAGCCCUGCCAUUGGCUGUCACAGCUCUCCUGCCCGUCCUGCUGUUCCCACUAAUGAAUAUCAUGGAUUCAACAACAGUCUGUCAGGAAUAUUUAAAGGACUCCAAUAUGCUUUUCAUUGGGGGACUGCUGAUGGCCAUUGCCAUUGAGAACUGGCAGCUACACAAGCGUGUGGCCCUGAGGGUCUUGCUUAUCACUGGUGUCAGACCAGCCCUACUUCUCAUGGGUUUCAUGGUCGUGACUGCCUUCCUGUCAAUGUGGAUCAGCAACACGGCCACCACUGCCAUGAUGGUCCCCAUAGCACAGGCAGUGCUGGAACAGCUGCACAAGUCAGAACUGGAGUCCAGUGGUGCUGGCCAAGCAUCUGAAAACGACAACAAAGCCUUUGAGCUGCAGGAAGGGUCAACUCCACCUGUUAACUCCAAUGAAAAAGAGGAAAAAGAGGAAAAAGGUAAUGCUCAUGUCCUGACAAUCGAGGAAGACAGGAAGAGAAAUGAAGAUCUGGUAGAGCAGAAACACUUGAAACUCUGCAAGGGAAUGUCUCUCUCUAUUUGUUACUCAGCCAGUAUUGGAGGAAUUGCAACUCUGACUGGGACAACACCAAAUCUGGUACUGCAAGGACAAGUUAAUGAGCUUUUUCCUGAUAAUGGCGGUGUCAUCAACUUUGCCUCCUGGUUCUCCUUUGCCUUCCCCACCAUGAUUUUGUUACUGGUUUUGGCAUGGAUUUGGCUACAGAUACUGUACUUGGGCUUUAAUUUUAAGAAAAAUUUUGGUUGUGGUUCAAGUCCCUCUGCCAAGGCUAAGGAGAAAGAGGCCUAUGCUGUCAUCAAGGAAGAGAGCAGGAAGUUGGGCAGAAUGAAAUUUGCAGAAAUAGUAGUUUUGAUCCUGUUCAUACUCCUGGUACUGCUCUGGUUUACAAGAGAACCUGGGUUCAUACCAGGCUGGGCAACUGUUCUUUUCAACAAAGAUGAUAUAAGCUACGUCACUGAUGCUACAGUUGCCAUCUUUAUUUCACUUUUGUUGUUCAUCAUUCCUUCUGGCUUUUCCAACAAUGCACAAACAGGUGGCAGGUCGAAGUUCCAAGCACCUCCACCUCUCCUGAACUGGAAAAUAGUUCACGAAAAAAUGCCGUGGCACAUUGUGCUUCUGCUGGGAGGUGGUUUUGCCUUAGCCAAAGGCAGUGAGGAAUCUGGUCUGUCUACAUGGUUAGGUAACCAACUGACUCCUCUUGAAAACAUCCCUCACGCAGCAAUUGCUUUCCUGUUGAGUCUCCUCGUUGCCACUUUCACUGAGUGCACCAGCAACGUGGCCACCACCACCCUCUUCCUCCCUAUUGUGGCUUCAAUGGCUGAAGCCAUUUGCCUCAACCCACUCUAUGUCAUGCUGCCCUGCACACUUUCUGCAUCGCUGGCGUUCAUGCUCCCUGUGGCCACUCCUCCCAAUGCCAUUGUCUUCUCCUAUGGACAGCUCAAGGUUAUUGAUAUGGCCAAAGCUGGGUUUGUACUCAACAUUCUGGGAGUUCUGACAAUAACUCUUGCCAUCAAUACCUGGUCUUCAUCUUUGUUCCAGCUGCAAACUCUCCCAUCUUGGGCAAACAAGACAGGCUCGUGCCCAUAAGGUGGAGAGGCAAAGGGACUGGUGACUGUUCCUGUUAGAGCUGCAGUGAGAGCAGGACUGCCCUCCAUGCCAGCUUUGCCAAGGCAGUGGUAUAGAGACAGGCCUGUCUUCUGGAAAAGGACAAGUCACCUGCAAGCAAAACCGUUCUCUUGAUAACAGCAAUAAAAUUGCCCAACAGUGCUGUUAGCUGGCAAUUUGGUCAGUAAGAUGAAGUAACCUUUUGGCUUUUAUGCUGUCCCAGGAACCUUUAGAAUUUUUGUCUCUGCAGGGGCAUUUUCCCCAAGUGCUUUUCCACCCCACCUGUAAAGUUUGAAAUCUGCAGCAAGAAAGAAGAGAGAUGUAUAUAUAUUGAUAU